AUGGAAAACCAGAAGCAACGAGUUCUCCUUCUCGGAGCCACGGGCCACACAGGCCGAUCUAUUCUUGACGGAUUGCUUGAGUACGGAAAAUAUGAGGUCCAAGCGCUCGUUCGACCAUCGUCGGCAGACAAGCCCGAAGUGAAGAAGCUCACCGAGCGGGGCGUGAAGAUAGUCGUUGCCGACAUCAAUGGUCCGGUGCAGGACCUCGUCGACAUCCAGAGGGGAGUUGAUGUGACUAUCAGCGCCAUCGACGCCCAUUCGCUCCAUGCACAGAAGAAUCUCGCCACCGCUGCGAAACAGGCGGGCGUGAAACGCUUCGUACCAUGUGCCUGGAUCACUGUGGCACCGGCUGGAGGCGUCAUGGUAACACGCGACCAUAAAGAGGACGUGUACAACCACAUCAAGAGGCUCCAUCUUCCGUUCACGGUGAUUGAUGUCGGGACCUGGCACCAAGUCUCCUUCCCAGGGGUGCUCCCUUCAGGUAGGUUCUCGUACGCAGCAUUGGUGCCAAUGAAUCUUGUCCACGGUGACGGAGAACGCAGCACUGUCAUUGGAGACUUGCGCGAUAUCGGGCGUUGGACUGCGCGCAUUCUGGAUGACGAGCGCACCUUGAACAAAUACGUUCUGGCAUGGAGUGACAGCCUCAGCGACAAUGAAAUCUUCUCUAUUGUGGAGGAGGUGACCGGGGAAAAGCUUCAAAGACAGACGCUUUCCUACGGCGAGUUGGAGACUCUCUGCAAAGAGGCCAGAGAGAAUUAUGAGCGCGAGCCCACAAAUGUCAAUUUUGGAAUGCGGCAGUUCCGGGACUAUCAAUACAGCAAGUACGUGCGAGGAGACAACCAGGUCGAGUACGCGAAGUAUCUCGGUUAUCUCGACGCUCAGGAACUCUUCCCAGACUUUCAUCCCAUCACAUUCAGGGACUUUUUGGGGGAUCUACUGAACGGCAAGAUUGAGAAGCCGCGUUAUGAGCUCAAGUAG